AUGCCCCGAUUACGCAAAGUCAUCAAUUCAAAAUACACAUUAGAUGACGAAGACCUCCCCUUAGACUCGCAAGAUCAGUCCAUCAUAAUCGAGAACCUCAAGGAGAAUGUGCCUUUCAACAAGCUUCGUCCUCGAAAUCAGCUGGAUGAUAGGUUUGCUAAGGUGCUGCAUUUGAUCCAGGCAUGCUUUGCUGCAGUUAACCUUAUCCUCAUCACUCAUCCACACUAUCGGCGUGAAAAUCCAAUAGUCAGUUGUUUUACUUGUGUGGCCAUUCUCGGACUUUCGAUACUGAUCCACGUCGAAUUUACCAAACCUCGAGAGCUUUUUAUCAAGUUCACAAAUAUGCAAGUUCUUGUCGCAAUCAUGGCGAUCUCGGCGAUAAUAUUUCUGAUCAGCGCUCGCUUUUAUACUGGGUUUCUCGAUAUGCUCUUUUUCGUACCUUUCCUCUCGUCACUAACCUUAUAUUCCUUCAUCAAAGACAUUAGAGGCUUGAGUCAGGAUAUUUUGGAAUUGGAGCGACUGAAGUUCGACUAUAAAGAGGCAUGA